AUGGACACAAAUUAUUCUAUUAUCAUUACAAAUUAUGAUGAUUAUUCAAAUGUUCCUUAUGAAAAAAUAUUCAAUCCACAAACUUCUAUAUAAAAAGUAUUAGAAGAAUUUUAGCUUGAUGAUGCAUAUAUAAUCAAUCAUGAAAAAAAAAUUAUCUAACCUCAAACUAAAUUGUCAGAAUUGAAAUAAACAGAAGAAAAUAAAAUUUUAUUCUAAAAAUAAAGCAAUAAUGAGGAAGUUUUAAAAGAUUGUGUUAGAAUAAAAUACUAUACAAAAGAAUAAGAAUCCAAUUAAUGUCAAAUAAUAUGGGAAAUUUAACAAUCUCUAUAUCCACCAAUAGUUUAUUUCUCUUUAUAAAAAGGAUUCAGAUGCAUUAUUCAUAAAAAUAAAAAGAUUUAAAAUUGUGAUUUACUUUUUUAGAAUCUAAAAAAUAAUGAGAAUGAAAAUGAAGUACUUGAAUUUAGUGUUUUAAAUAAUGAUUUACAGGAAGAUGAAAUUUUAGUAAUCAUAUUCUCUAAUUAAAUGAGAAAUUAGGUAGGUUCUUAUCAAUGGAAAUUUAAUCGGAAUAUAAUUAUUAAUCACUAAAAUCAAUAGAAUUAAAUAUUUGAAAUCGAAGAAUAAAUCUUAUAUUUUGGAGUUGAAAAAAGAUCAGCUACUGUUAAAAGUAUUCUUGAUAAAUUAAAUAAAUAAAAUCAAAUAGCUUUUUAAAGUGGAAAAGGUUCAUUGGAUCCCUAAUAGACUUUAAAUCAUUAUUUCAAAACAGAAUUGUAGUGUAAAUUAUUAAUUAUCGAAAAUAUUUAUCAACCCUUAAUAAUAUAAUAAUAAGAUAUGAUGAUUGUAGUUAAUAUCAUUUAAAAUGGUUAAUUAUUGAUGAGAAAAUAGUUUGAUUAAUCAACAAAAAAAGAUUAAAUUGAAAAUAGUUUAUUAAAUGAAAAGAAAAUUAAAGGUUUAGGAUUAAUUGAUUUCUAUUUUGAUGAUAAUUUGAUUAGUGAUUAUGACAGUCUAGGUGAUUUAAUUUUUGAUAAUAAAAAAGAAAUAAAUUUAGAAAUAUUUGAUAGAUAUACAGAUCUAGAUUAAAUGGAAGAUUUUGUAUUGAAUACAUUAAAUGAAAUUAGAGAAGCUAAAAAAAAGUAAUAAAAAAAUGAAUAAGGUUCUGUUAAUCUAAUAUACAAGAAGAUUAUCUAACCUGAAAGGAUUGUAAAUAGAAUUUGUAAAAUAAUUGAAAAAUAAAAGUACAAUAAUAAACAACAAGAUUCAUUAUUAGUAGUUCUGAAUGGUUGUGAACAAAGUAACUUAAUAAAAUGA